AUGGCGGCCAAGUACGACGCGGUGUCGCCCGAGAUCCGGCAGUACCUGCGGGCAACGCUGACGCCCGUGGUCUCCAUCUAUGUCCAUUGCAUGCACCAGCGCCGGCUUCGCGCCUUCCUCCUCUGGCGCAUGCACGUGGCCACGGUCGGCAUGUGCGCGGCCCAAGCGCUCGUCACCGAUCGCCUUCGAACCAAGCGCCUCGUGCAUGGGUUGCUGCGCUGGAAGCUCGUGGUGACGCAGUAUGCUCGCAUUGCAUCGUACGCACCCGAGUACAUGCAUUGGAUCGCGCGGCAUCCAAGUACGACGCUCCAAAAAGCGUGUUUAUAG